AUAAUUAACUAAUAAAAAUGUCCCGACUUGGACCGGUGGCGUUAGUUGCCUCCUUGGUCUUCCAUGGGUGAGUCAGAAAAUUCCAAUUCUUUUUGAGGGAUAAAAUGACAUUACUCAAGAGUAUGUGGGUCAAUUUGAUAUUUAUCAACAAAUAAUCAAUCUUGGAUUUCUAAGCUCAUAGUGGAACUGGAACAAGCUGUUAUUAAUCAAAUCAUUGCUAUGGCUUCCAUACACAAUAGCCAAAAAAUUGUAAUUUUCGUAAUUUUUUGUCUACUUUUUCUGUCUUCUUCUCCAACAGUACUUGCUAAGUCUCGUCGCCCAAUCUCUGAUGCAGAGAUCAGAGAAAAGAAACUCCAAUGUUAUGCAGAUAUUGAGAGUGGAUUAUGGGGUCAGAAGUGCAUUGCUACAGCAGUAGACAAGGAGAAUUGUGCUCUACAAUGCUUGUCACCAGUUUGUUAUGAGCGCGUUUAUCAAAGUGAUCCUUUGGAGGAAGGGGAAAAAGAUACAGUAAGGAGUCAAGAAUACAAGUACUGCAUGCACAAGCAUUCCCUUGGGCAGAGCUUGGAUGAUAUUAAAGGUUCCUUCGAGUGGUAAAUUGGCAAAUCUGCCAGCAUGGCUUGUGAAUUCCUUCGUCUUUUCCCAUUAACAACUUCCUGUUGUAUGUAUGAUGUUUGUCGUGUGGAUGUUCAUUGAUUAUACUAAUCUGUAACAACGUACUCCUUUCAGAGAUUUAUGGUUUUCGUAUCCAUUUCUUUCCCUCGGAUGUUUGGGAACAAUAAAUUCAUUUUCUCUUCAUGACACCGUGA